CCUGGUCAGGGUGACGCGCCGCCACGUCAUUCGCAGGACCGUCGCGCACGCCGCUUCUUAGGACCCCGGAGUCAGGCGCGCCUUCACAUUAGGCCCUGGAGUGUAGCGCGCUCCCGCACCACAACACCCUGGGGUGUAGCGCGCCCCCCUACACUAAUAUCUAUAGGCGGCGUGCCCGCGCAGUGAGACUGCUUCCGGGAUGUCUGAGGAGACCAGAAAGAAUAAGCUGGCAUCGGCCAAGAAAAAGCUGAAAGAAUUUCAGCAAAAAUCAACCCCUCCGGCACCCACUGGGGAGAAGAAGAAAAAAAAAUUAAAGGAGUCAAACAGCCAUACUGGGACCCCAAACAGACUGUCCCCGGACCCUAUCCAGGCCUUUCUGAAGGGGCUGGUGUCAGAUCUUCAUAAAUCUAAUGGGGUAUCUAUUCCCUCACUGGGCCCAAUGAAGGUCCUUUUGGAAAGUGAUUUAUCCUCUCGGGAUGCUGAAAUACUUGAGGAUGACAGCACAGAGUGCUCUAAAACGCCCACCCAACCUGAGUUUGAUAACCCACUGCCCCAGCCAACUGAAAUUGAUGGUAUAAAGAUGCCUCCGGAUGGAAAUGGGUCUCUCUCGUCAACAGACAGUUUGAGGCAGCUGUCAGAAAAACUGAAUGGCCUGAUGUCUCAGUCUAAUACCUAUAUGAAUGGGGAAAGCAUCAUCCCACCCAACAACUCAGAAACGGAGUCGCACAUCCAGGAGAUGGCUUCUUCCCUGACGUCCACUAGACAGACAAACAAACUGCUUAGUUCAAAGAUAGAGGAACUGGAACAACAGAAAAAGGAGUUUACGGAUCAAAUUGAAAAGCAAAAACAGAUGUUUGAGCAGAAGCUUUCGAAGGAGCAGGGGUCCUUGAGAGAGCAACUGCAGGUUCAUAUACAGACAAUCGGAAUUCUUGUGUCUGAAAAGUCUGAGUUACAAACGGCUCUGUCAUUCACCCAGCAAGCAGCUCGUCAGAAAGGAGCGGAGGCGGAAGAUCUUUCCAUGCGUCUACAGAGCAAGAACCAGAGGGUUACGGAGCUUGAACGCACACUUUCCUCGUUAUCGGCACAACAAAAACAGGCAGAAAAGCUAAAUAAAGAACUGGAGAAGCAGCGAGACAACCUUCGACUUGAGUCCUUAAAAAACAGUAAAGACAAUGAAGAGGUGAAGCAACAAAACUCAGAGCUGUCUGAAAGACUGAAUGUGUUACUGUCAGAGAACGCAAACAUGCGGCUGGAAGUAGGAGACUUGCACAAGAAGCUGGAGAUGGCUGACCUCAUGAUCCAACAGUUUUCCAGCCAACCGGGAGCGACAGAUGUAAACCACCAGCUUCAGAUGGUUGUGGAAGAGCGAGAUCAGUUGGGCCAAGAGCUUGCGCAGAUCCAGACACUUGAGCAAGAGAGAUCAGCAGCGCGCGCACAGGUGGAGCAGCUGGAGACCAGACUUACGGAAGUACUGCUGGCCUCCGCGGCUGAACCAACAGAUACAGAGCCAGUGGCCCCUGCAGGCCCCUCUGAGAUGGAGCUGACUUUGCAAGCAGAGGUGGAGAAGCUGACGCAGGACCUUAGGGACUUACAAUCCAGAUAUCAGUCAUUAGUUCAGGACAACAGCCAGCUGAGCCGACUGAACCAGGAGCAGGAAGAGAGGCUUCAAGAGCUGGAGAGCACCAUUCAGCGGCAGAACGAGGACACUGUAGACAAGCAACAGAUCCUGGAGAACAUGCAGAGUGACAAAGUGACUAUCAGCAGAGCACUCACCCAGAACCGGCAGCUGAAGGAGCAGAUCGCAGAACUUCAAAAUGGAUUUGUCAAACUGACUAACGAGAAAUUGGAUAUGACAAAUGAGCUUCAGACUGAGCAACAUGUGAAGAGCGAGUUGGCGAAGAAGCUAGGAGAGCUACAGGAGAGGCUGUCUGAUUUCAAAGAGCAGCUGGCUGCUAAGGAAGAGCAAGCGCUGCUGCUUCAGACCCAGCGAGACGAGAUCUCUGCUCACCUCCAGCAGUACAGCGCUGCGUACCAGCACAUCUCCAUAGAGAAGGAGGAAAUACAGAAGCAAUAUCUCCUGCAAGCUCAGAUGAUGGACAGAUUGCAGCAUGAGGAGGUGCAGGGGAAGGUUAACGCAGAGAUGCACCUGAAGGAGCUGCAGAAAAGCAUGGAGACUACAGAGCUUCUCACUAGGGAAAAUCAGGAACUGAGGGUUCUGGUAUCGCAGAUAAGAAGCGAUCCUAACAGUGCGUUAAACAGAAUAGAAGGUAAUGGGGUGGAAAGUAGCAUGUCUGAAAAUACUAUUGAGAAGACCACAUCGCUUGUCCCAGAUGGCUUCACCAGUAGGAUAGAGAUGGAGGGGCAACAGAGGUCGCAUGCCGUUCGAUCAUAUAAUGCUGCAGAUCUUGGUGAGGGCAACGUACCGCGGGAGGUGUAUGAUGCUUUGCAGAGUGCUAUGGAGAAGCUGCAGCGACGCUUUACAGAGCUGAUGCAGGAGCGAGUGGAGCUUAAGGAGCGCGUUGAGGAACUGGAGUGUCGCUGUAUCCAGCUGUCAGGAGAGACUGACACUAUUGGAGAGUACAUAACGCUGUACCAGAGACAAAGGGCGAUCCUGAAGCAGCGUCACACGGAGAAGGAGGAGUAUAUAAGCCGGCUAGCUCAGGACAAAGAGGAGAUGAAGUCAAAGCUGCUGGAACUUCAGAGCUUGGUCAUGAGACUGGUGGCAGAGAGAAACCAGUUGUACGGGAGGUACGCCCAAGCCACAAACCGGCCCAAAGAAGUAGGCACAGAAUCUUCUAAAGAGGUCCCAAUGGAGCUUGGAGCAUCAGAAAAUGGAGGCCUGGAAGAAAUCAGCUUAGCCGAAGAUACUGAAGAGGACAAAAAUAAGAUGACAUCUCAUGCCAUCCCCUUGCAAAAAGCAAACCCAGAAGAUCCCACAGCUGAGCAGAUCAUGCAGCUUUUACGUGAGAUCCAGAACCCACAGGAACGGCCAGGAUCCCAUCUUCACAAUCCAAGCAUUCCCUUUUUCUAUAGGCCUGAUGAUAAUGGGGAGAUCCGGAUACUAGUGGUCUGAGGGAGAAAUUUAGGGUGGUCUUGCUGCUUCCACAAACCAUCUCCUGUACCACCCUACCUUCUGCCUCCUGUGGACUGGGGGGGACAAUUGUUAGGGCUGCAACUGUUUAGUGCAUUAUUAGAAGAAUAAUCUUUCCUCGUCUGGCAUUCAGAGGAGCAAUCGUCAUUAGCUGUAGAGUGAGGGAUUCUUAGCUAACCAUACUUGUUACUGUGGGUGAGUAACCCACUCUAAUGCACUAGUGGGUUAACCAGUUCAGUAGGGAGUUCAGUUACCUCUCACCAGUAAUAAACUGGUGCUCAGUUGAUGGCCAAUAGGGUUAGGGCAAUGAGUCAUGGCCUAUAAUGUCUGGUGUCUGCUUUUAUUCAACACUAAUAUAUUACAUGACUGCAGCACAGAUCUUAUAGGUUUGAUAGUAUUACGGGCGCUUUAUUCUGUUAUUGGAAACAGUGGGCUACACUUUAGGGGUUUGAAGUAUUUAGUGUUGUUGCUUGAAAUCAUACAGGUGGUAUAAGGGGUGUCUGCUCUUAAGAGUUUCUCUCACGUAAUUGCACUGUUGUGACCAUCAAAGAUGGGUUUUUCUGUGCUCCCCACAGCCUUAAAAAAAGAUGUAUGUGUAUGUGUAUAUAUAUAUAUAUAUAUAUAUAUAUAUAUAUAUAUAUAUAUAUAUAUAUAUAUAUAUAUGUGUGUAUAUAUGUAUGUAUAUAUAUACACACACACAUGUAUAUGUGUGUUUUUUCCACUUGAGAGAAAUAAGGCAGAACAGAUUGUUUUUUUUAUGAGUAACCCCUAUAGAUUAUGAGAGGGCAGUCCACACCAUCUGUUCAUGGUCAGAUGCUCCCACAGCAGGUUUUUACAGUUUUAAAUGAAGGGUACAGUAAACCUUGUGACUUUCUAGUAUAGUUUUAAGCAAUUCAUUUUAAUGCACAAUUUGUUAUGUUUUGCAUCAUCUCUGAACCAAUUUCUUCAAAUGAUUACUCAUUUCUGAAACAGUAAAUUAAAGUUACAGCAGUCCAGUAAACAUCUAAGCCAAAGUCUUUAAAGACAAGAGACUUGAAUAAAUUGACAUAUGACAUUGUGAUGAGUCAAUGACAGACCAUCAAGUAACAAAUGACAGUUACAGAUAAGGGGCAGGGAACACCGGUGAGAAUUUUGCUUACAGGUGUGAAACUGUUACUGUUCUGCAAGGACAGCAGUGUUUUGCCUAACUUGCCAACAGUCUAACCCUCUUCAGAUUAUUCAAAAGCUAACACCAUAUCUUUCUACGCAUUGUGUCUUGGCUAGAGUUAAGAACUGGAAGCCAGAUGGAGAAACACAAAUUCCUAGCCACAUUCUGCCUUUGUUUAUUGGAUAAAACUGUUUACAUGUGGUGUUAUAGUAAGUAUGAAAAAAGAGCAAGUGAAAAUGUUUUUAACUGAACAGCUUAGCAGGCUGGUUACAGAAUGACACUCACAGUGACGGGAGACACACUGCGUACAGCUUACAUGUAAGGCUAGACCAUUAUCAACACAUCUGCACACAAGCCAAUAUCAUUCAGAAUUUAUGGUUUAAAUGGGGGCGGCACAUAUUUUGCAGCGUUAUUUAUAUUUUGAAUCUCCAGAGUAAGAAUGGAUUUGCACAGCCGUGCUCAUAAUUGCUUGACAUUACUAAUUAUAUUAAUAGACUGACUAUGGCGGUAAACGCUAGUCGGCAAAUGGCAAUUCAGUGGUGAGAGGUGGAACGUGAUCCCGGAAUGUGAUAAUUGACAGCUGAAGACAUCGCUCUCAUUUCCUCUUAAUUCUCGGAUUCCCUGGAUCUCCCCCAAAGAUGGAACCAGAAGUGUUUUCUGUACAUAGUGUAUGUGUGUAACAUUUUGUAUAUUCCUGGAAUAGAUUCUGGAUCCCGCAACAUUUUCAGCUGCAGGGUUAUUGUAAUUUGUACUAUAAAAUGAUGGGCUUCCAUAGAAGCAGGACUGUCAUCUGAUUGAAGGGUAAUUAAUUGGGGAUGAUAUAAUUUAUUGGGUGUUACAUCACAGGUCAGGGGAGCUACACUUUCUAUUUUGUUGCUGAAAUGAUUUAAUAUUGAUGGAAAUGUUAUUUCUGAAUAAAUAUAUUCAGCAAAUCA